ACCACCCACUACCUCCAUUUGGGAUCAUACUUGAAUGUCGCCCAACUUUUCGUGACAUUUGCGUCGCAACAGCCUACAGCUGCGGUUGCAGCUCAACAUAAUGCCUCGAGGUCCUGUCAGGCGCCGAAAUCCUAAUCGAUAUCGUCACAGCCCACGAAUCCCUUCCGAUAGCAAUGCGAGAUCACAUCUUGAGCGUAAGCUUGUGGCCACGCCCAUAGGCCAACGACCGAACGAUUCCGACGAUAGCGAUAGGCUCGUUGUCAAAGGGAAUGGGAGAGGAAGUAAACGCAAGCAGGAAAUCUACGCUUCAGGCGCGGUUCGCGGCAAUGAUCGGCCGGGUGCUUUUCCCACCAGGGCGCAAAGGAGGAAGAGCUUGAGCAAUGACACCAAGGAGAUACUGGCGCAGGCUCAAAUCAAGGCUCUGAACGCUGCAAAUGUUAGCGAUGGCACGCAACAACCUACGUCAAGUCCCCAGCCUCUCAACGCGACCACAUCGACCCUCCCAUCUUCUUCUCUCAAACCUCGAGAAACUGCCAGCAUUCCUGUACAGCCGACACCAAUACGUGACAGCUCCUUUCUAGGGGCGCUGAAGCCACGUCGAAGGCAGCCUAGCAUUCUGCAACUCGUCGACCACGACUCCUCCUCAUUUGAUCUUGACGACGAGGAACAGUUUCUUCCAGAUGACGAAUCAACUCCGCUCAAUCUCUCUACCGCAAUCCGGACAACCUCCACCCCCGCCACCAGUUCGACGCAAAAUUCCUCCUCUCGAAAAAGGAAACUUGGCCAAUCCGAUGUAUUCCUACUCAAUGGUGACUCCAGUCUACAUCAUUCCUCCAAAAGUCCUCAGCUUGGAAUGCAACAUCCGAGUGUAACACCAGGACCCAGUCUACCCGCCGUUCCUGCAUCUGCUUUACGAGAGUCGGGACGUAAGCAUCAAGCACAUGCAGAUCAUGCUGAAGACAUUAUGGCACCUCCGGAAAGCAGUUCGUCGCCGUCUUCGUCUCCUUUGAACUCUAACCCUACUCCCAUAUCGGUGAAACGGACGAAGAAGGCUCAAGACAAACUUGUACCAUCAAUGACAACACAAGAACUGCAAGCAGCCGUUAUGCCCACCAAACCGAGACGUACCGCACGAGAUCGCAAAGCCAGAACUGACAAAUUCGACAUUCUGGCCGAUUCGGAUUCUCCUAUCCACGACCCUUCGGAUGACUCCAAUUUUCUUCCAGGCCGAAAUACAAGGCGUUCGGAAAGACGGAAUGGGAGAGCUGCAAAGUCGACCAGGUUGCAACUCAAAAAUGGAAAUGGCAGAUCAGCAAAAGUUGGGGCCAAGCCGGUUUCGAGCAAGAAAGUGGCCGAACCGAAUCAUGAACAAAGUACGCGAGAAUUCAUCACUACUGCUACCUCCACCGUCCUUUCGCCCUCCAACGCUAGGCAGGGUCACGAAACUAAGUCUUGGUCACAGCUCUCGUCCCCAUCCAAAGAUACCAGAUCGUACAUCGGGCAAGGUUCCAGGCAAGGGGGAGCGGCUUCAGAGAAGCAGUCUGGUGGAUCCCAUCCACCCACCGAGUGCGAGACAUACGAAAACUCCCCAGACAAAGAAAACCUUGGAGCUGAUCCUUGGGCUACCAAUAAACUUGGCAAACCCGGCAACCAUGGCACAACAGUACGUGGACAAUCCAGUCAUAACAAGUCAAGAUCAUCUGAGGUGCUGAAAGGAAAACGCCCGACCAAAAGAGACAAAUGGGCAGAUAUUGAUGCUUGGGAUAUGGACUUUGAAGAAGUCGAGGUCAUGACUACUUCUGGAGAUAGCUCGCCGACGAGAAGAUGACUGGCUUGUAUCGUGUUCGUGUUGGAUCCAAUGUGACCAUCCUUGCUCAUCAUUCUUGUCAUGUAUAGACAGAAACGACGAUAGAGCCUCAUUUGGCGGAGGAUAUGAUUGACGAUAGACUGGAUUGUAUUGUAUUGUGACCACCUCAUACGCCCUAGCUAGCAAUUACCUCCAUAGAGUAGUGGAUAUCUGAACCAG